CGCCACUCGUGACCAAGUCCGGCCCAUCUUGAUCGUGUAUCCCAAAAUAAAUAAUUAUACCUCCAAUAUAAACCUAAUUCACUCACUAGAUAGACGCGGGCUAAGUGAAUAAAGUUCCCCAUUAUGGGGCAAUUUCUUUGGUACGGCAUCUUAACAUUGCUGCUGCACGCUAACGCGUCACCGUCGCCGUUCGCUGACCAACAUUCAUUUCUACGAAGCGCUGUUGAGACAGUCCCACAACACGAACCGAUUCCCUUGCCAAUUCGAGCCUCCGUCGAAAGUAUACCUCUAAGAAGUCUUCGUGACGAAGGAGACCGACGACUACCAUUACGCGAUGCAGUGGAAAAACGGCCUAUAUCUUUGAAAACAGCAAUCAGUUUCCUACCUUAUGAAGAAAACCAUGAACAUGAAGAAGAAGAUCUUAGAGGCAGCACACGGUUUUAUGGUGCAGCAAGUUAUUUAAAUAAUGUAUCUACCAACGCCGAACGUUUGCAUCACGGAAAUGCCAAUCUUCAAGAAAUGCAGCAAACAAGUUCGACAAGGCGCCUGGUGGUCUGCUACAUGCAAUCGUGGGCGGCGUAUCGAGCUCCGCCACUUGCGUUCACCGCUGGGCUCGUACCCAAAUCCUGCACACAUCUGCACUACGCAUUCGCGGUCUUACACCCUCAUACGUACGCCAUUAUACCAGCUAAUGAAGAUUACGAUAUUAUUAAAGGUGGCUACCGCGUAGCGACAGGCUUAAAGCGCCGCUUUCCGGGACUUCGAGUAAUGAUCAGCGUCGGCGGAGACGGGACGGAUCGUCUGUUCAGUGAAAUGGUUCAAAAUCAACGUGGUCGCAAUAAAUUUAUAGAAAGUGCAGUGAGCUUCUUGCGAGAACAUGACUUUGAUGGACUCGAUCUACACUGGGUGUAUCCUGGAGAAAAAGAUGACAAAGAGAAAGAUUUACUAACUUCACUUCUCUAUGAAUUGCGAGAAAAGUUUUCGGCUGAAGGAUUUCUUCUAUCCACUGUCCUCCCGCCGUUCAGGUAUCAAAUAGAAGAUGGCUACGACCUCAGCGCAAUUAGUGGGGCUGCAGACUACGCCAUAUUACAGGCUUGGGACAUGACACAUGGCAAGAGAGACGAGGUCCCGUCGCGAGCUGUCCAGCAUAGCGCGCUGCACAGAGAUCCUGGCGCAGCAUCCAGGGAUCAAAGAUACGAUAACAUUGAAUUCAUGGUGAAAUAUAUAAUUAAACAUGGCAUGGCACCAGAGAAACUAGUUCUUGGAGUGCCCUUAUUUGGCCGUAGUUAUACAUUGACUGCGCCGGCGGCAUCAGCACCCGGGGCCCAUGUAAUAGGAUGGGGAGAGGAGGGCCAAUACACGCAAACUAGAGGAAUGUUAGCUUAUUUUGAGAUAUGUAUGGCGGAACGCGAAGGUAAAGGAACAAGUUAUUUAGAUGAAGCUGGAAACUCAUAUGCGGUAUUUGAAAAUCAAUGGGUCGCAUAUGAUACUCCAAACACUAUUUUAGAGAAGAUGAGAUUCGUCAUAUUAUCAGGAUUAGCCGGUGCCGCAGCUUGGUCGGUAGACAUGGACGAUUUUAGAGGUCUUUGUGGACGCCCAUUCCCAAUAUUAGGCGCCAUUGCAAGGAAUCUUAAUGGCGAAUCAGUUCCAAACCAAUCUUCUUUAAAAAUUGGAUCUUGUGAAUCUAACAUGCCUUACUUGUCGUCUGACGAAGAAUCCUGCGCACAUUUCCAUUUCUGCAGCGGCGGUAUCAGUUACAGGAUAAUGUGCGAAGAUGGUCGCCUCUAUGAUCCAUCAACUGGAUUUUGUGGCCAUCAAGAUCCUACUAAGUGUAUUCCAGGACAGACUCUAAGGAUAAGCGUCAAUGAUGCAGCUCGGUUCUUGGCUCAAGUAUAUGAAACUGAUUUUAUAUUGAGUCUUGAUAACAAAAAAGGAACAUUAAAUUCCGAACAAAGCAUUUCAGCGGCAUUGCUUGAGAAAAAGAGUAGAAAUAACGAUAAGAGGGUGGUAUGCUACAUGACCAGCUGGGCGUUCUACCGGCGCGGCGACGGCAAGUUCGUGCCGGAACACAUCGACACGAGGCUCUGUACACACGUCGUCUACGCUUACGCCUCACUGUCUCCUAAUGACCUGGUCGCUAAAGAGUUUGAUCCAUGGACUGAUCUUACAAAUAAUCUCUACGAACGAGUCACAUCUCUGAAAGAUGUGAAUGUUCUAUUGGGUCUCGGGGGAUGGACCGAUUCCGUCGGCGAUAAAUACUCGCGCCUCGUAUCGUCAGGGUCUGCUAGAGCUAAAUUUAUUGAGAAGCUGCUCGUCUUCUUACGCAAACAUAAUUUUAACGGUCUCCACUUAGACUGGAAUUACCCGGUUUGUUGGCAAAGCAAUUGCAAGAAGGGAGCUGCUUCAGAUAAAAGAAACUUCGGUAUAUUUGUUCAGGAACUAUCAAAAGCCUUACAUGAAGUUGAUAUGGAACUCGGUGUAGCUAUAUCCGGGUACAAGGAAGUCAUCGACGUGGCAUACGAUUUUCCGGUCAUAUCAAAGGCGGCAGACUUUAUGAGCGUCAUGACGUAUGACUACCACGGCGGCUGGGAGCGCAGGACUGCUCAUCACACGCCGUUAGUUCCUCCAUCGAAUGACGCUCUCGCUCACUACUCCAUUGAAUACGCAAUAAAAUCUAUAAUAAGUGCUGGCGCUGAUCCUAAGAAGUUACUACUCGGUCUAUCAUUUUAUGGUCAAUCGUACAGACUGGCUGAUGUAGAAGCAGGAGGCAGUCCCGGGGCGCCAGCGGCCGGCCCGGGGGAGCCUGGGGAGUUCACCAAACAACCGGGAAUGCUAGCUUACUAUGAGAUUUGUUAUAGAGUGAAGAAUUUACGCUGGAAGACGGGACGACAGGAAAAUGCUGGGCCCUAUGCAUUUUCUGACAGUCAAUGGGUCGGAUACGAUGAUCCGAAGUCGAUAAAAGAAAAGGUGGAAUGGGCAAUGCGACAAGGUCUGGGAGGUGUGAUGGCGUGGGCUAUGGACUUGGACGACUUCAACAAUCGCUGCUGCACGGAACCGUCUCCCCUUCUGCGGGCUGCUGGCAGAGCGCUAGGCCGGUCGGUGCCUUCGCCCCCCACCACCGCGUGCGAACGCCCGCCCCAGCCAGUGACCCCUGCUCCGCCUACCACUACUACUGUGGAAUCUGAUGGCUCCAUCGGAAGUUCGACCGUCGCCGGUAUUCAUGAUCACGACCACCACACAACCAAACCGACGACAUGGCCGAGCUGGAACCCGGCGGGCACCACUCAGAGUACCACCCAAACGUGGUGGCCUGCAGCUUCCACUUCCAGCAUGACGACAACCAAUAGACCCACUACGACUAGCAGAACUACCACCACUAGCAGAACCACCACUACCACGACUACAAGCACGAGACGGCCGACUACUCAGCCUUCACAGCAAGCCACAGGUGUUGCGGAAGGAACUUCCUGUCGGGCGGGCGAGUACAGCGCCGCCCCAGGAGACUGCGAAGGCUACCUGCAGUGCGAAGGCGGGCAAUGGAGGAAACAUCGCUGUGCGCCCGGGCUGCACUGGGCCGCCUCCGUCAACAGAUGUGACUGGCCUAGCUUCGCUAAGUGUAAAGAAAGUCCUACAAACGAGGCAAGUACCGCGACCACGACUCUAGCGCCGAUAACGUCGCGCCCCCCUCCGACUACAACGAGGAGAACUACAACUACAACAACCACUUCAACGACCACCACACCUACAACUGCGCGGCCCACUACUACUUCAACUACUUCUGCGCCCACCAGUUCAGGUCCAAAAGAAGGCAGUCCUUGUUCAGGUGACGGCUAUCAUGAAACGCCGUCAGAUUGCAACUCCUAUUUACAUUGCGACGGUCACUCAUGGCGACUGCAGCGCUGCGCCCCUGGACUGCACUGGAGCGCCAAAGAGAAGCAGUGCGACUGGCCCAAGUACGCCAAGUGCCAAGCUACUACACCAAGACCGACAAUAGCGACACAGCGUCCAACGCGACCACCCCGCCCAUCAACACCAGCAGCUAUUCCAUCAGGCAACCGACCCAAAGAGGACGAUGAAUGUAGUUCGAGCCAGUCCCACGCGCCAGCCAGCACCUGCGACUCUUACUUGCUGUGCGUGGGCGGGCGCUGGAGGAAGCAGAGGUGUCCGCCAGGAUUGCACUGGGAUAAACGCGCGAGCCGCUGCGACUGGAUGGAAUUCGCAAUGUGUGAAGGAUCAAAACCAGCAGCGACCAAGUCUACGAUGCAGCCCACAACUUACACGACUACUCGAAAACCAACAACUACGACUACUAAGAAACCCAAAGAAAAUGAAGGAACACACAAGCCAGCUGCGGGUUGUAUUACUGGAACAUACCACGCGCAUCCGAAAUGCGAGAAGUUCUACGUGUGCGUCAACGGCGUCCUUGUUGCCCAAAGCUGCGCCCCCGGGCUGGUGUGGCGCCCUGAAAAUACUCAGUGUGACUUCCCCAGUUCCACGACAUGCACUGACCGUAGGCAGAUCCUUUCUGCAGCUAUGGUCGCCAAACCUGAUAUGAUUAUGCAGAAUAGCGAUCCCCAACCAGCAUGCGUUAACGGUGAAUAUUCAAUGGAUCCCGGUGACUGCUCCCGUUAUCGUCAUUGUCUCUUUGGAAAAUACGAAGAAUUCUCUUGUAUAAAGGGCCUUCAUUGGAAUCAGGAAAAAAGAAUUUGCGAUUGGCCUAACAAUUCCAAAUGUAAAAGUAAACAAACUACUCCAAAACCAGUAGUAAUGGAUCCAGCACCGGAGAUUCCACUCAAGCCAAGCCAUCAUGUAGAUAACCCAACGGACGCCAAUGUGAAGAAACCAGAUCUCCUUAAUUCUCGUUAUAAGUUGGUGUGCUACUACACCAAUUGGUCAUGGUACCGGCCUGGAAUCGGGAGCUACGUGCCAGAAGAUAUUGACCCGACGCUGUGCACUCACAUCGUGUAUGGGUUCGCUGUUCUGGGAUCAGAUGGACUUAUUACAGCUCACGAUUCUUGGGCUGACUAUGACAAUGAUUUUUAUAAACGCGUAGUGGCCUAUAAGCGACACGGAAUAAAAGUUUCACUAGCUAUUGGUGGGUGGAAUGACUCUGCUGGUGAUAAAUACUCCAAAUUAGUCAAUAAUCCAUCAGCAAGGGCAAAUUUUGUUUCCCAUGCAGUAAAUUUCAUUGAGCAAUAUGGUUUUGACGGAUUAGAUCUGGAUUGGGAAUACCCCAAAUGCUGGCAGGUUGACUGUUCUAAGGGCCCUGAUUCGGACAAAGAAAGUUUUGCUGACUUCGUCCAAGAACUAUCUGCGGCAUUGAAGCCUAGAGGUUUGCUGCUAUCAUCAGCUGUUUCACCGAAUAAGAUGGUGAUUGACGCCGGCUACGAUGUUCCUGUACUUGCUAAGUACUUGGACUGGAUAGCUGUCAUGACAUAUGAUUACCACGGACAGUGGGAUAAAAAAACCGGACAUGUUGCACCUUUGUAUUAUCAUCCUGAUGAUGACAACACAUACUUUAAUGCUAAUUACACAAUGCAUUAUUGGAUGAAAAAAGGGGCACCUGCCUCCAAACUAGUUAUGGGAAUGCCGUUAUAUGGACAAACAUUUACCACUGGCACGCAGUGGGAUACUGCCCCGGAACUGGCUGCUAGAAUGAAUGCCACGGGUUUGAACAUUCCUGCAGUAUCAGGUGGAGAAGCUGGAGAAUACACCAGAGCUAAAGGCUUCUUAGCAUAUUAUGAGAUUUGCGAAAAUAUAAAUCACAAUGGAUGGAAGGUUGUGAAAGAUCCUUACCAAAGAAUGGGUCCAUACGCGUACAAAGGAGAUCAGUGGGUCUCGUUUGAUGAUGUUAACAUUCUCAAAAAAAAGGUGAACUUCAUCAAAUCCUUGAAACUCGCUGGAGGGAUGGUAUGGGCUCUUGACCUUGAUGAUUUUCGAAAUAGAUGCGGUCAAGGAAAACACCCUCUCAUGAAUGCUAUCAAAAAUAAUCUACUGGACCCACGAAUAGAGCCGGAAACUGUACUACCACUAUUCAUGAAACCUUCAAAUAAACCGUGUGACGAUCUGGAAGAUAUUGAAGUAAGACCAGGGUACACAAAACCAACUCCCAGGCCUAUUAAACCAACUGGACAAAUGAAUUCUAUAGUGGCAACGACGAAAAAACCAAUAACUACAGUAGCCUUGAAAGAAGAACGCUAUAAGGUUAUCUGUUAUUUCACACAGUGGUCUUGGUAUAGACCCGGCGGUGGAAAGUAUACGCCAUCAGACAUCGACCCAUCAUUAUGCACACAUAUAGUAUAUGCGUACGCGACUCUUGAUGCCGAUGACCUCGUGAUCAAACCACAUGACAUAUGGCUUGAUGUAGAAAACAAAUUCUACGAACGCGUUGUGUCUCUGAAGCUCCGCGGCGUUAGGGUGCUACUUGGCCUCGGCGGCUGGGAUGACUCUGUGAUGGACAAGUAUUCCCGACUCGUCAACAACGAGUCUGCGAGGAGACGGUUUGUGGUCCACGCAAUAGACUUCCUAGAACAGUACGAAUUUGAUGGACUGGAACUCGACUGGGAAUAUCCUAAAUGCUGGCAGGGAGUAUGUGACAAAGGCCCAAGUUCAGAUAAACAAGGAUUUGCUAAAUUAGUAAAGGAGCUACGAUCAGCUUUCAACUCUCGAGGGUUGUUACUAUCUGCUGCUGUAUCAGGCAACAAGCGCAUCGUCGAUGUUGCAUACGAUAUACCAACUCUGUCCGAAAAUUUGGAUUGGAUCGCGCUUAUGACUUACGACUAUCACGGCCACUGGGAGAAGAAGACCGGCCACCUUGCUCCCAUGUAUGUAAAUGAAGGGGAUGAAGACGCAAGCUUGAACGCGAAUUUCACCGUUCACUACUGGAUCGAGCAAGGGGCUGACAGGCGGAAGUUGAUAAUGGGUGUCCCAUUCUAUGGACAGUCGUUUUCUUUAGACUUGACAGAGUCCACAAAUACAGGACUUGGCGCAGUGUCUAACGCUGGAGGAAACGCAGGAGAUGAUACUAGGGCGAGAGGUUUCUUGUCGUUCUACGAGAUAUGCGAUCGUAUAAAGGUAGAAGGGUGGCGAGUUGUUAGAGAUCCCGGUGGUCGUAUGGGACCCUAUGCAACUUUGCAUGACCAAUGGGUUUCCUUUGACGAUGACUUCAUGGCGCGCCACAAGGCAGAGUACGUCCGCGCCAUGGGUCUGGGCGGCAGCAUGGCCUGGGCCUUGGAUCUGGACGAUUUCAGGGGUCAACAUUGUGGCUGCGGCAAAUCUCCGCUUUUAGCUAACGUUAAUUACGUGUUACGAGGCCGAGAACAACCACCACCAUGUACAUUGGAACCUCCACAAGGCUUUCUCUCAACAACCGCAUCGAGUUCCCAAUUCACAAAACCAGACAAACCCCAACAAAAUGAAGAUAGCAAGGGUUCAAAUACAGAACGAAACGAAUGUUCUAGCGGAUUUAAAGCCCACGAAACAGACUGUAGUAAAUAUUAUUUCUGCAUCAAUGGGAUGUACAUGGAACUAAGUUGUUCUCCACCGUCACUCUGGAACAAGGAUCACUGUGACGUGCCCGAGAAUACACAAUGCAACAACAGAAAAACACAUUUGAACUUAAGGCUCAAUGAACAAACAGAUAAAAAACUUAUAUUGGCGUGUUAUUUUACCAACUGGGCAUAUUACAGAAAAGCUGAAGGAAGAUUUGGCCCUGAUGAGGUGGAUCCAUCGGUGUGCACUCAUAUUAUAUACGCGUGGGCCCAUCUUAAUUCUACGACGAACACUCUUGUACCGGGAACACCGGAAUUAGAUAUAAACAAUGAUUUUUAUGGCAAAAUAACUGCAUUGAAACAUAAAGGUAUAAAAAUCAUUAUCGGUGUCGGAGGCUUGGAAGAUUCUGAAGGUGAAAAAUGGAAUGAACUUGCUCACAAUUUAAAGAGCAGGAAACUUUUCGUCAAUUCAGCAUUGGAAUUUUUAAGAAGAUGGAAUUUCGACGGCCUGCAGUUGGCUUGGCAGUAUCCCGGCUGUAACCAAGUACCCUGCAGCGACUUCGAUAUCACGGCCAAAGAGAGCUUCAGUUAUCUGAUAUCAGAUUUGUCUAAGGCACUUAAACCUUACGACUACGAACUAUCAGCAAUGGUAUCUUCGACUCCUGAAAUAGCUUUCUUAUCUUACGAACCAGAAAUACUGUCAGCCACAUUAGACUGGAUAUCGAUAGCAGCAAAUGACUACUAUGCGUCUACAGCUGGACAAACAGCAUACUUGGUACCUUUAGAGACCAGUGAGAUGGCUGGCAUAAAUAGCUUCAACGCAUCUUUAGCGUACUGGGCGAGCAUAGUACCUGAGAAAAUGUUAGUGCUGGGCGUACCUGGAUAUGCGCGCUCCUACACACUGCGAAGCCCGGCCCACGCCGGAGUGGGAGCACUCGUCGCCGGCCCCGGGUUACCCGGCCCUUACACAGUUGUUCCUGGUUUCUUAGCCUAUUAUGAGGUCUGCCGAGGGAUCAAAUCGGGCGAUUGGCAAGAGUCGCGAACGCAGGACGGCACCUACGCUGUUUAUAAGUCACAGUGGGCUUCUUACCUGUUGCCUGAAGAAGUGCACCGGGUGGCGGCGAGCGCGCGCCAAGCCGGACUGCGGGGCGCCGCACUGUGGGCACUCGACCUAGACGACUGGUCGGCCCGCUGCGGCUGCGGCCCGCUACCUCUGCUCUCCGCAUUGAGACAAGGACUCCACGAGCCCACCAUUCCGCCUUUAAUCUGUGUGCAAUAGGAGUUCUUUACUUUAUAUUUAUUAUGAUACGAGUACGAAUACCUGGACUUAGUUGCUUAGAGAAAUUAACAGGUAUUUUUCUGAACUGAGAUUAAUAAGUUUAAGGAAUAUGAACAGUAGGUAGUUAGUAUUUAGUAAACUGUAAUUUACCUACCAUGAAUAUUGUACGGAAAAUUGUCACAUUUAUAAUAAUAAUUUGGACAAUAUGCCAUUGUGAUAUUUUGUGUACUUACUUACAUUAGU